UCAGUAGCCUCUGAAAUCUUACUCAAAAAUGAACACCAAGGUCUUCAUCCUCCUCGGUCUGGCAGCCCUUGCCGCUGCAGACAGCUUUGAGUCCUACGAAUAUCGACCACCACAGAGACGCUCCUCUGAGGAAUCCUACGAAUCCGGGGAAGCCAAGUACGACUUCCAAUGGGCUGUCGAUCACGACGACUCAGGCAACAACUACGGACACCAGGAAGCUCGUGACGGUGAAGACACUCAGGGAUCCUACUACGUGCACCUCCCCGACGGCCGCCUCCAGACCGUCAAGUACUUCGUGGACGGCGACUCCGGCUACGUGGCUGAGGUCAACUACGAGGGCGAGGCUCGAUUCCCCGACUCCUAUGAGUCUGCUUCCUUUGAGUCCCGCGAAUACAGGCCACGUUACUUCUAUGAUUCCAAUGAAUCAAAGUAAAGUCCUCAAUCUGAUCGAUCCUUAAGGCAUGAAAGUUUUUUAACACAUUAUUUAUGUAUUUAUGUAUAAAAUUAUUAAAUACGCAAUGUGAAA